CACUCUUCUUAGUUCUUACUCCUUCAACAAACACAAACACAAACACCACCCUUUGCCUACUUAUAUCUACUGCUACUACUUCAAUACAAGUUAACUAAAUUCAAAGUACUGAGAAACAAAAAGUUUUAAGACAUACAUGGAUGCUUUGAGACAUUUCUCAGACCCACAGUACCUAACGGGGUCUGAUAUUUCGUCCUCAGGGUCAGAGAGUGACAAUUCUCAGAUGGUGAACUUGUCAUACGGGGAGGUCAAGCUAGCUUCGAAGAAUCCUAAGAAACGAGAUGGGAGAAAGAAGUUUAAGGAAACAAGACACCCAGUGUACCGUGGAGUGAGGAGGAAGAACUCAAGAAAAUGGGUGUGUGAAGUGCGCGAGCCAAAUAAGAAGUCGAGGAUUUGGCUUGGGACUUUUCCCACCGCAGAAAUGGCGGCGCGUGCACAUGAUGUGGCGGCAAUUGCACUCCGCGGCCGUAACGCGUGUCUCAAUUUUGCCGACUCGGUAUGGAAGCUUCCGGUUCCGGCGUCGGCAGCAGCAAAGGACAUUCAGCGUGCAGCAUUGGAGGCGGCUGAGGCAUUUCGGCCAGCAGAGUUGGACGAUGUUUCUGGGGAUGACUUGACGCAGAGGUUAGAAAAUGCAGCUGCAGCAGUGACAGUGGCUGCGGAGGCAGAGGCAGAGAUAGAGCCGGAAAGUGUGUUUUUUAUGGAUGAGGAGGCGGUUUUCGACAUGCCCGGGUUGUUGAGAAAUAUGGCAGUGGGGAUGUUGUUGCCUCCACCACCUCAUUGCUAUAUCAAACUUUAGUUGAACUGGGUGACUAGUCCAUUGCUAAUACUCUAAUAAAGUAAUUAGAUUUUGUGUUUGAUGAGUGAAAAUAAGGAGGUGAUUAUAAAAAAAUUAAAGGAGAACUCCUAUUUGAGAUGAAGUGUGAACACAUUACCAUAAAAUAAAAUGUUCUGAAGAAGAAGAAGAAGAAGAAGUGGAGAGGCAGUGGACGAAGCUCAAGUGCUGCCAUCUGUAAGACUGAAACUCUCAUCUUGGUUCUUCAAAUCAAGCGUCUCUGCUCUGGAACUUUCAUACAGCUAAAGUUUGAUGACUGGAGUGCUCUGGAAAUAAAAAAGCAUUAAUUGGAUUAGAAUGUGAUAGUGGAAAAAGCAAUGUCAGCAUGUGGAUAAGUGGUGGGACUUGGGAAUGGAGCUUCUUGGAGGCUUCCUUAUAAAGAGCCAACAUAUUUCCUAAUUUAUAAUAAAAUCCUCAAAUUGGAAUU